GUUUGUGCGUAGGGACGCCCGGGGCGGAAGUCGCCAUGGUGCGGUUCAAGCACAGGUACCUACUCUGCGAAGUGGUGUCGGACGAUCCCCGCUGCCGCCUGAGUCUGGAUGACCGAAUACUGGGCGGCCUCGUGCGGGACACGAUUGCCCGCGUGCACGGGACCUUUGGCGCAGCCACCUGCUCCCUCGGCUUUGCAGUGCGAUACCUCAAUGCCUACACUGGAAUAGUGCUACUUCGAUGCCGAAAGGAAUUCUACCAACUUGUGUGGUCUGCUCUUCCCUUCAUCACAUACUUGGAGAACAAAGGACACCGUUACCCGUGUUUUCUCAACACCUUACAUGUGGGAGGUACAAUUAGAACAUGUCAGAAGUUCCUGAUUCAGUACAACAGGAGACAGCUGUUGAUCUUGUUGCAGAACUGCACUGAUGAAGGAGAGCGGGAAGCCAUCCAGAAGUCUGUCACAAGAAGCUGUUUACUGGAGGAAGAGUCGGGUGAGGAGGAGCUUUCAGACGACGGUGGCGAUGAGGUGGCUGAAGGGAUGCAGUAAACCUCUGUAGGCUGCACGGUGCCCAGGCCUCAGGGCCCACUUGCUGGAGCAGGACAUUCUGGGAGCAGCAGGAUCUCCUACAUUUCUAGGAGCUGCUUUCUCCAGCAUAAAAUGGACAUCAUUCAAAGUUCUAACACAUUCGAUACAUGUUUAACUUUUGCUUCAGUGUGCCUCUCCUUCAGGCUGGAACACCCUCAUCCCCAGAGUUCCUGACCCAGGAUUUCUAAACUGCUUCCUUUUAAGAAUGACAGGUUAAAGCCGACCUCACGAACCCUUUUCAUUCAGACUUGACACUAGCAAAGACAUUACUGCACAGCAGCGGAACUGCUCAAGCUCAUAGUAGUUACUGUAACCUAUUUUAUAAGUAUGUCUAGCAGACCUGAACUGAACUUUAAUAAAACAGA